AUGACAGCUGUGGUUCAGGACUUGAAGACAAUCCUUCCAAAUCUACAGAAUGUCCACAUAUUUAGUGAUAACGCAGGUUGUUACAAGAGUUCAUUAACAUUGUCAACUCUAAGACAUGACAUUGGGAAAGCACUGGCAUCGUAUAACUUUAGUGAAGCCCAGAAUGGGAAAGGUCCUUGUGAUAGAAGAGCCGCCCAUGCCAAAUUUGUCAUAAAAAGAUUUAUUAAUGAAGGAAGAGACGUCACUUCUGCACUUGAUAUGAAAAAGGCCCUAGAGAAAUUUGGACAAAAAACAUACAGCGUAAGAGUAGUUGACACCGUUUUAGAUCUGGAUGCAGAAAAACAUAAAGAGUCAAUAAAGAAUGUCUCCAAUUUCUACAACUUUAAUUUUGGAGAUGAUGGCUUGAGAAUGUGGCAGGCAUACAACAUUGGUGAAGGAUGGUUUGCAUAA